CAGAGCCAAAGGUUGUGUUUAAAUUUGUGAAUUUGACUCUUUGUACAUAAAAUCUGAUGAAAUGCUAUCCUAGCUUACCCUUUUUAAGCAUUCCACCAGACAGUAUUCAGCUAUUAAUAAUAAUCUUGGCAUACACAAAGUUUGAAAAAAAAUCGAGAAAAGACAAAAAUCACAGGAAAAAAAUAUAAAAAACAAGUGAAAACAAGAAAAAAAUACAAAAAAUACAAAAGAAAAAAACAAACAAGCUAGUUAGAUCAUCUACAUUCUUUUUUAUAUUUCCUUCAGUAUAAGAAAUUAUUGAUAUCAUUGCUGUUUUUUAUAAUGUGGGAAGGGGAGUAUUAUUAAAAAGAUGACAAAAGCACUGUUUCUAUUUUUUUCUUUUUUUGAAAGUUGUAAAGGGAAAGUAAUAAUAAAAAAAACUUAAAUUGUUUGUACCAGUUAAAAUGUACAAAAUUUACAUCUGUGCAGUGGAGUUGUUAUGUUCUAAAAAAAAAUAUACGCAGCCUAUUAUGCUUUAGUUUUAGCCUAUUAGAACAACUAUUAGAGAAAAUUAUCAUUUUUAUGGAGUUACUAAAUAUAUCGAGAUUUAUAUAAACAUUUUACAAGUAUUGCAUUCAUUAUGUAGAAAUAAUCACAGUAUUUUCAACUGCUUGGUUGCUGCUUUUAUUUUUUUUAUUUAUUUAUUUAUUUUACAUUAUACUGUGUAAACAAUCUGCAAUUUUUCAGUUGUACAAAGCUUUAUGUAAUUUAUGUUUUAUUGAAAAAAAGUUUUCAAUUACUGUUUGCCAGUUCAUUUCUAGGACUGACCCACAGUAACCACUCUUUAUACUUAGUUUUAAGCAGACCUGUAAAAAAAUCCACAUUUUCUAGAAAAUUAUGGACUAUGUGUUGUACAAGUUAGUUUAUUAUUCAUGUUUACUAAACCAUAAUCCUUAAAAAAACUAAUUUUAUUACUGAGAGAGUUUCAUCUAUUUGAAUUUUAUGGGUCUUGUAGUUUUUUUUUCUUUCAUUUAUUUAUUAUUUUUCUUUCAUUUCAAGUAAGUGGUAGUUUACAGCUAAAAUUGCUUAAUUAAAGUUUACAUUAUAUUGAAAUAGGUAAUUCUAUUUUAACAACCUAUUAAUUUAUAAAAUUCUAUAUACUUUAAAUUAUUUUUAAAUGCACCCAGCAAGAAAAAAAAAUUUUGAUAGCAAGAACUAGAAAAAAAUAAAAACAAAGCAAAAAGAAAAUUUAAACAAUUAAUUUGAAGGUGUGCUAUUCAUCAAAGCUAUUAGGUAUAAGCUUUGGGAUAGACAAAAAAAGUAAGAAAAAAAGCUCUUACAUUUAAAUUUGAGUUCAAACAGAAAUAUUUAAUUCUUCUUAUAUAUUAAUGUUAAAAUAAAAAACUAUGAGUCAAAAUAAUAUCAAUGAAAGCAAAAUGGGACAAUUGAUAAACCAACACAUCAGUAAUACUUGAAACUUAUGCAACAUAUCCUUUCAUUAUUGAUGUGUUGGUCUAUUCUAUAUGAGACACUAAAAACUGUUGUCACUGAAAAUAAUGUUUACAGAAUCAAGACCUGAUGGUCAUUUUAUAAUAUAUUCAAUUGGAUAUAUUUCAUUAGAUAGAGCAUCUUACUUGCUGUCCCAUUGAGCUAGCUAAGGAAUUCUUAAGCGCAAAUUAGUCUAGAAAAGGUUGUCCAUCCCUGAAUGAGUCUACAAUAUGGAGCAUGUAGACUUGUCUAGUGAGGGAUUUGACUAUUCAUAUCUCCUUUCACAUGGCAGUGAUUGCGAGGUUCAAAGACAGACCAGUCAGCUGUUAGUAUAUAGACCAAGCUGCUAAAUGGUGUAUUCUGAGAGGGCUGAGCGGGUUGGGGUAACCACUGAUGAUCCAGCUACACAGGUUAAGAAAUGGAGGACCACUAAGUAAAUUAUUGGAGAAGAAUAACAUUUUUACACAAUACAACUCGCAACUAAAUCAGUCCUAAAGAAUUGAUCCAAAAAAUACAAAAAGAGUAUUUUAAUAAACCGAUGGUCUUCAACUUAAUAGAAGUGAAACACUUAGUAGCAGGAUGUUCUCUUUCAUGCACAUAAAAAUAUGCAAAUAGUAAUUUUAUAAUGUUUUCUAAGCUUACUAUAUUCAGAGGAUUCAUAGCAUACAAUAUUAACGGUUACUGGUUACAAUAUCAUCAACAUUGAGCACAGAUAGUUCAAGCCUAUUGUUCUGAGUGGUGAGAAAUAUGCAAUGCGAUUCAUGAUAAUUCCAUUUGUCAAGUUACUGAAAAAUUGCAGUUUGUCUGUGCAUAUUUGUAGAUUCUCUUCCAUGGUGUCCUGUUUAUGAGCUAAAAUGAGCUAUGGUAAUCUCAUCCGGAGUUCUGUUUUUGUAUUUGUAAUAAUAAAUACAAUUAACUGGGAGGGGCGGGAGGGGGUCAAAACAUGGGUAUAUUGCCCAUUCUUUCUAUUUUUUGUUCAUUGCAAAUAAUAUUCUCAUAUGUACUGUGCCCGUCCACUGAGACGACCACUGUAUUCAAUGAAUCACUGCUGUAAACCUACCAACUUGCUAUAAAACUGCUUUAAAUACAAGUGUUUGUGACCAGAUUUUCUCUUUGUCAUCGUAUGUGCAUGCAAGUAUGAUCAUUUGAACAUACAUCAAUAAAGAUCCACAAAAGAUGAAAUGUUUUCAGUAGUGUUUCUAAGUAUAGAGAGUAUCAUUUAUGUUUAGAAAUUAGAAAAAAAAGUUGCAAAUAGAAAAAAGAAAACUUUCUGUAUUGUGUGUUAUUUUCAGUAUAAAAAAGGGAUCUUCCCUCCAGUAUAUUUAAAGUAUAUGCAAAU